CUGACCACAGGGGCAUGAGUCCUUCAGAGGGGCUGCCCAGAAAGAUGGUGCAGUCUGGGAGCCACAUUAGCCAAGGCACCCCAGAAUGGGGGAAGGGGCUGGAAGCAGAGCUGGGAUUAGGAAGAAACAGCAGGAAGUAGUGGGCUUUCUGGAAGCUAAUAAAAUCGACUUUAAGGAGUUAGACAUAGCUGGAGAUGAAGACAACAGGAGGUGGAUGAGAGAGAACGUUCCUGGAGAGAAGAAACCUCAAAAUGGAAUUCCGCUGCCUCCCCAGAUCUUCAAUGAAGAACAAUACUGUGGGGAUUUUGAUUCUUUCUUCUCUGCGAAAGAAGAGAAUAUUAUUUAUUCGUUCCUUGGUUUGGCUCCCCCUCCAGGCUCAAAGGUGACAAAAUCUCCAGAGGAAGCACCUUCCCUCCCCAAUGGCGAUGUGGUGGGCGAGGCACAGAGCACUGAGGAGGGAACAGAGAAGGCUGAAGAAGGUGGAGAAAAUGAGGAACAGAAGGAGGAUGAGGAAGGUGCCGCUAACCUCGCUGAGCCCCAAGAGAAGAAAGAAGAGGAGGGAGAGACAGCCACUGAAGAGAAACCCAGGACCCGAACCAACAUUUCAAGGGUCUCCCCACAAACCACACUCCGUCAGAGGCGGCGCCCUGGGCUCUCAAUGCUUGAGGGCUUCCCGAGUAAUCGCCCCUCCCCUGUGCUCCCCGCGCGCGGACAGCCUCCCUCGCCUCUUCAACAAGAAGGUAAACGUGAAGACGACUUGCAACCUCCCUGGCUGCACGCCUGGGCCUUUGCUUUACAGUCACUACUUGCUCCUCACAGAUCGCUCUUAAGAACACCCUGAAAGAGUUUUCAACACAUAGAAUCUCUCUGUGAUAGAACAAAAAUGUUUCUUUGUAUGUGCCUUAUGCUGUUUUCUCAACCUCGAUAGUGAGCAGACAAAUAAAGGAAUUGCAAACG